UGCGCGAUAAAUUGAUGACUGAUUUAGAUUUUAAAGCAUUAAUUUUAAGUGUACAAUGAAAUUUGAAGAUAACAAAAUGGCAAGCAAUCUAUUUUUCGAAAACUGGACGUCAGAUCAAGUCGCAGAAUGGUUGAGAGGACUGGACAUGGAUGACGCAAUGAUCCCGUACAUGCACUACUUCAUGGCGGGGAAUGUGGAUGGGAAGAGGCUCAUGAUGAUGACUCAUUCAGACUUGGAGAAGCUUAAUGUGCUCAAGUUUGGCCACCAGGAGCUCAUACUUGAAGCUAUUGAUCUGCUUAGAAAUUUGAGGUAUGGCUAUGAGACAGAAAAUCUUCAAACACUGGCUCUACAGUUGGGCUGUAAGGCCCGAAGUUUGAAAAGCGAAGUGAGAGCCCGGGCAAGUGAGAAUGACCGUAAUCGGGCGAACAUGAUACAGCCUGUAGAACCCCCGGGGGGCAGGAGACUGACAAUUGGCAUUUUGUCCUCCGUUGCAGAUCUUGUUUGCACUCUGAAGAGUCUUGUGGCUUGGAUGGACAAAGCUCCGUUCAGUGGCUUCCAUGACCUGUGUCUGACCCGUAACUCCAUAGUGAAACAUGGUCUUGAUCUGAUCAACAUGUGCCAGCGAGAAUCCUCCAUUCCCGAUAUAGAAUUCAACAUCUCAAACACAAUGGCCAGCCUGUCUGAGAUCUGUGAGAAGCUGGUAAUUGGUUCCACAGACAGCCCCCUGGAUCCCCUAUACCUGCAGCCCGCCUCCCUCGAGCUGGCAACCAUCCGCAAGAAACCUGGGGAAGAACUUGGCAUGCACAUUCUGUCGUCCUACUAUGGGGUGCAUGUGAUCAGUGGCAUCAAGGACAUGUCGCCUGCAGACCUGUGUGGAAAGAUUGAAAAGGGAGAUGAAGUCAUACAAGUCAACCAGCAGAUCGUGGCUGGCUGGUCAUUAAAAAAGCUCGUUAACCUGUUGAAAGAGAACCCGAAGGAGGUGACGCUACUUCUGAAGAAACGACCGCGUCAUAUUGUGCCGUAUGGGCAGAUGCCUCAUAAGAAAAAGCGUGAGGUGCAGGCGUCAACACUACCAAAGUCCCGCAAGAAAUUACGCUCAAGGGAUGGAGACUCAACAAAACUAAGGCCGACGCUUCCCGAAUUUGUCAAUACAGUGCCAAGUCCGGAAGAACAGGAAGACCUAGAUUCUCCAAAGGAGACGAAUGACGGGAAUGACACAGACAAUGAUGUGUUCCGCAGUGGCUCUGAGUCGCCCCAGUUCCAACAGUUCACCCUUCCUGUGCAUGCCGACCCCAAGCAGCGUCGCGCGACAGUGAGUGGGGGGUCCCCGACCUUGUCCCGCCCCCUCCUCAUCAUUGAGGACAUUGACACGCCAACAAGACCCAAGUCGUUCACCAUCGCUAGCACGACUGGAAACAUGACACAUGAAAUCAUCAUCAACUCCCCGUCAGGUGAGAACCUAUCUGAGCUGGGUAAAAUUGCUUCUGCAAUGGAGAAGAGACAGGAGUUUAAGACCAAGUCAACACCCCCUUCCCUGGAGUUCAGUGUUCGCAAACCCACUCCCAAAAUUGUUGAGCCCACACCCAAAAUUGUGGAGCCCAGAAACAUACCUGAGAUACAGGUCAGACUCACAAAGGAUGCAAAAGAUGAAUCUUUUACGCAUGUUAAUGAAGACAAAAAUGGUGGUCUUAAGAGUGAUGAAGGUUGUGUUAUUGAAAGUCUUGUGCAUAAGUUAGAAGAAACAAAAAUUACUGAUGAUAAUGAACUUGUAUCAAGAAAAUUGAAUGAAAUGGCAGAUGUCGAAUCCAAGUCACAUGAAACAAUAAAUAAGGAGAAAGACACCCAAGAGAAUGGAAAAGAGAGUGAAAAAGAGACUGACAAGGAUAUCACAAACCUGGAAAGAUCGAAUCAGUCCCCAGAGAGACUGCUGGACAGCUCUACAGAUUCUGUUCCACCCAGUGAGAGCUCCAUGGAGUCAUCCCAGACAUACACCUCCUCACUGGAGAGUUCCAGUCACUCACCUCCACUGGAGGAGAGUAUUCAUAGUGAAAAGGAGACCUCGCACCAGGGUAGGGCACGGGAGCCCGUGUUAACCCCGCCCCUCUCAAGAGUCUUACACGCCCCACCUACCCCGAGAACACCACCAUCUAGAAGGACACAAAACUUUGAAGUGGCGUCUGAUUUUGAUAGAAAUUCGCCUCAAUUGAUGAAAAUUCGGAAAAUUGAUUCUGUGCAUUACCAUAAUAGGGAUGCAGGGGCCGGCCAUCGAGAGAAGCACGUGGGGUUCGAGGGUGUUGAUUCGGACAAGGAAGGAGACUCCAACCAGAGCUAUGUUUGCAAAGUGGCUGGGGGCGUGGUACAGAAAAUUCCAGUAGAGAAUCAUGAAGUUAAGCGGAGACCAAAGUCAGGCAGGAAAAGAGUCAAUCGGCGUAUAUCGUGUAAGGACCUGGGUCAGGGUGACUGUCAAGGCUGGCUGUACAAGCGACGCAGUAAGGGAGGUUUCCUGCACAGCCCCUGGCAGCAUCGAUGGUGUAUCAUCAAAGACUACAACCUCUUCUGCUACCAUGAUAAGGAGUCUAUCAAGGCAGAAGUGGUGAUUCACCUUCCAGCAUUCCAAGUUUCCCCUCUCAGCUCAUCGGAACUGAAAACAACAAAAUUCGCGUUCAAGAUCCACAACUCCGGGACAAGUUUCUGUUUUGCCUCGGACAGACGGGAGGACAUGAGCAAGUGGAUGAACAAGAUGGGACUAGCAGCCAUCGCCUACACCAAAAAGCCAGAUCCUGCCAAAUAUGGGAACCCAGACUACAGUGAGAGUGACACUGAUGACACCGGGUCACGUGAGCCCAGCCCCCAGAACUCACCCUCCCAAACCCGGGCAGCAUUUACACAGAAAAAGUCCUCCCUAAGCAUGCCUCAGCCUGAGGUCCGGGCCAGUCAGGAGGACCUGUCUGUGAUGAUAAGGAAGCAAUCACAGCGUGCCCAAAACCUCUUUGGCGAGGAUAAGAACAAGCAACGACGGAGGACGAUGUCUCGAGACUAUGAAAAACUAGUCACGCCAGAGGUCAUAGCGUAUAAGAAGAGACAGGCACUGGAAAGAACCUUGAAGGCGAGAGAGAGGGAACUUGAACAGUUGGAGCAAAUGUUGUCCUGUACAUCCCGGGAGAACCUCCACACAUUGAAACGUACAAUGAAGAAGAGAUUGGAAACUGACUCGGACUGAUCCGCGAACAUUCCUUUAUUGUGAACUUACCUGACUUUUUUGUAACAUCAAUGUGGUAACCCUAUUAUGAGUAAGGAUCAUAUUAGUGACAAGUUUUACAUUAAAAUCCUGCAUGGGAUGAAAACAUGGAAGGAAAUUAAGUCGGAGUUAUCCGCAAACAUUGUGAACCUGACUUGGCAUCAGCCAUUAUAUUACUGGUCGUGUGGUGCACGAAGCCUUGGAUGACAUUUACAUGGAAAUACUUCCAUUAUGAGCAUAAUGGUUUCAAUUACUAUGGUGUAGAUGGACGUUCUAAUUGUGAGCUUAGCAUCAUUAUGUUGUUUACGUUUUCAGUUAUGAUCAUUGAUUAGGAUAUUUACAUAGAUGCCUAUGUUCUAUAUUUAGAAAGUGAAAACAUUUAUUAAGGAGAUCUUGCGUAAAUCAACAAAUUAAACCAUUGACAUGGUAGUUGUGAACUUAGCAUAGUCGUGUUUGUCAAGUUUUGAGGUAUGAUCAUAGAUUAUUGACAUGGAUGUCUAUGUUCAAUAUUUGUGGUAACAUUCAUUAAGAAGAACAUAUGUAAAUCAACGAAAUUUUAACCAUUGAUAUGGUAUUUUUUAACUUAGCAUAACUUAGAUCACCGCAUUUUGAGUUAUGAUAGAAAAUUAUGAUAUUUACAUGGAUGUCUUUGUUCUAUAUUUAGAAAGUGGUAACAUUCAUUCAGGAGAUCUUAUGUAAAUCAACAAAUUUUAACUAUUGCCAUGGUAGUUGUGAACUUAGUAUAAUUGUGUUUGUUGCGUUUAGAGUUAUGAUCGUAGAUUAUGGUAUUUACAUGGAAGUGGUUACAUUGAUUAAGGAGAUCUUGCAUAAGUCAACAAAUUUUAACCAUUGACAUGCUAUUUGUGAACGUAGCAUAAUUGGGAUCGCCUCAUUUUAAGUUAUGAUCGAAAAUUAUGAUAUUUACAUGGACGUCUAUGUUCCAUGUUAAGAAAGUGGUAACAUUCAUGAAGAAGAGCGAUUGUUAAUCAACAAAUUUAACCAUUGACAUGGUAAUUGUGAACUUUAAUAGCAUAAUAGAGUUCGUCACGUUUUGAUCGUAGAUUACGAUAUGUACAUGGACGUCUUAGUUCUAUGUUCUAUAUUUAGAAAGUGGUUACAUUCAGAUCUAAUGUAAAUCAACAAAUUUUUAUUAUUUUCAUGGUAUUUGUGAACUUAGCAUAAUUUUGUUUGUCGCACUUCGAGUUAUGAUCGUAGAUUAUGGUAUUUACAUGGACUUUGAUGUUCUUUAAUUAGACAGUGCUUUCAUUCAUUAAGGAGAGCAUAAAAUUAUGUCAAUCAACAAAUUUUAACCAUUCACAUGGUAAUCAUGAAAAUUAAUAGCAUAAUUGUGUUUGUUGUGUUUCAAGUCAUGAUCGUUUAUGGCGAUAUUUACAUGGCAGUCUACGUAUAUCUGGAAGGUGGUAACAGUGAUUAUAAUUGGGUAGAUUGUGAGUGAUUCUACAAAUACAGGAAAACACAAUGAAAGUGUGUUUUAGGGAAUAUAAGGAAUAUACAUCAUAUAAAUGUGUGUUAAUAUUUUGAUGAAGUCGUUGAAUGUGCAUAUGUACAUGUGCUUGAAUAUUCCAUACAGGAAUGGCUUUAAAACAUAAACUUGCCAGUCUGAAACGGCUCAUUGUGAGGACAAAGUGCAAUAUAUCAAUAACCUGUAUAUUUAGGCUCAUGUAGUGGAUAUUGAAUUUUGUAUGUCUAAUUCUAUUGUUAAAGUUAAAUGUAUUUGUCAAAGUAUUUUAUUGUUCUGUUAUUCACUAGAUCUAUGGCUCUCUAAUUACA